AUGGGUCCCCCAUGGCUCUCUCUGGGUCCUGCCCCCCAGGGCCCCCCCGAGCGCCGCGCGGGCGCCCCCCGCCGUGGGGACCGGUACUCGGGCCCCCCCGAGCGCCGCGCGGGCGCCCCCCGCCGUGGGGACCGGUACUCGGUGCGCACCUCGCUCAUCGUGGCCACGCUCAAGAAGCUGCUCCCCAUCGGCCUCAACCUCUGCUCCCCCGCAGACCAGGAGCUCAUGGCCAUGGCCAAGGGGCGCUACGCCAUGAAGGACACGGACGAGGAGGUGCGGGAGUUCCUGAGCAACAACCUGCACCUGCAGAGCAAGGUGGAGAACAGCUCCUCGCUGCGCUGGCAGCUGGAUCUGUACCGGGAGCUCGCCGGGAAGGCGGCGGACGCCGAGAGCCCCGAGCGCGUCGUGCGCAGGGUGCAGGAGGUGGCGGCCGUGCUCUACCACCUCGAGCAGACGGAGCACGCCUUCCGCUCCAAGAGGGCCGUGUGGCACAAGCUCCUCUCCAAGCAGCGGCGCCGCGCCGUGGUCGCCUGCUUCCGCAUGGCCCCGCUCUACAACCUGCCCAGGCACCGCGCCUGCAACCUCUUCCUGGAGGCCUACAGAGCUCAGUGGCUGCAGCCGCAGGAGCACCCCUUCGAGGACCGCAUGAUCGACGACCUGGCCCGCUCGGGGCAGGAGGAGGAGGAGGAGGAGGAGGAAGAGGAGAAGAAGCCGGACCCACUGCACCAGCUCGUGCUGCACUUCAGCCGCACGGCCCUCACCGAGGGCAGCAAACUGGAGAGCGACCACUUGUACAUGGCCUACGCCGGCAUCAUGGCCAAGAGCUGCCACAUUGAGGAGGAGGAGGAGGAAGAGGAGGAGGAGAAGGGGGAGGAAGAAGAGGAGGAUUCCUUUGAGGAGAAGGAGAUGGAGAAGCAGAAGCUGCGGCACCAACAGGCGCGGCUGCACUCGCGGGGGGCGGCCGAGAUGGUUCUGCAGAUGAUCAGCGCCUGCAGGGGCGAGCGCGGGGCCAUGGUCUCCUCCACGCUCAAGCUGGGGAUCUCCAUCCUCAACGGCGGCAACGCGGACGUGCAGCAGAAAAUGCUGGAUUACCUGAAGGAGAAGCGCGAGGUCGGCUUCUUCCAGAGCCUCCAGGCCCUGAUGCAGACCUGCAGCGUCCUGGACCUCAACGCCUUCGAGCGGCAGAACAAGGCCAUGGGGCUGGGCAUGGUGUCCGAGGACGGCACCAGGGAGAAGGUGAUGGCCGAUGAUGAGUUCACCCAGGACCUCUUCCGGCUGCUGCAGCUGCUCUGCGAGGGCCACAACAACGACUUCCAGAACUACCUCCGGACGCAGACGGGGAACACGACCACCAUCAACAUCAUCAUCUGCACCGUGGACUACCUGCUGCGCCUGCAGGAGUCCAUCAGUGAUUUCUAUUGGUACUACUCGGGCAAGGAGGUGAUCGACGAGCACGGGAAGCGGAACUUCUCCAAGGCCAUGGCCGUGGCCAAGCAGGUCUUCAACAGCCUCACCGAGUACAUCCAGGGCCCGUGCACGGGGAACCAGCAGAGCCUGGCCCACAGCCGCCUCUGGGACGCCGUCAUCGGCUUCCUCCACGUCUUCGCCCACAUGAUGAAGAAACUGGCCCAGCACUCCAGCCAGAUCGAGCUGCUGAAGGAGCUGCUGGACCUGCAGAAGGACAUGGUGGUGAUGCUGCUGUCCCUGCUGGAGGGCAACGUGGUGAACGGCACCAUCGCCCGGCAGAUGGUGGACAUGCUGGUGGAGUCCUCGGCCAACGUCACCAUGAUCCUCAAGUUCUUCGACAUGUUCCUCAAGCUCCGCGACAUCGUGGCCUCGGACGCCUUCCGCGCCUCCGUCACCGACCCGCGGGGCCUCAUCUCCAAGAAGGACUUCCAGAAGGCCAUGGACAACCAGAAACAGUUCGAAGCCGCCGAGAUCCAGUUCCUGCUCUCGUGUUCCGAAGCCGACGAGAACGAAAUGAUCGACGUGGACGCCUUCGCCGGGCGCUUCCAAGAGCCGGCGCGCGACAUCGGCUUCAACGUUGCCGUGCUCCUCACCAACCUGGCCGAGCACGUGCCCCACGACCAACGCUUGCGCACCUUCCUGGAGCAAGCUUCCAGCAUCUUGGAGUACUUCCGUCCUUUCUUGGGUCGCAUCGAGAUCAUGGGGGCGGCGCGACGCAUCGAACGCCUUUACUUCGAGAUCAGCGCCGCCAACAAGGCGCAGUGGGAGAUGCCGCAGGUCAAGGAGUCCAAGCGACAAUUCAUCUUCGACGUGGUCAACGAGGGCGGCGAGGCCGAGAAGAUGGAGCUCUUCGUGAGCUUCUGCGAGGACACCAUCUUCGAGAUGCAGAUCGCGUCGCGGCUCUCCGAGGAGCGCGGCGCCGCGGCGCGUCAAGACGCGGACGCCGACGACGAAGAGGACGGGGAGGAAGGCGUCGAAGCGACGCCGUCGACGCCGGCCGCCGUCGGCCAUCGUUGGUUGAGCGGCGUCUUCGGCUCGGCCAACGCGUGGCGACGGAGGUUGAGGCGCUGGAAGAGGAGCCCGGGGAGGGAGCUGUUGAGGGCGGUGGGGAGCGGGGCCGGGCGAGCGGCCGUGGGCACCGUAGGGGCGGCGUGGGGGGCGAUGGGAGCUGUGGGGCGGCUGCUGUGGGUCUCGCUCUUCGGAGGGGGGCUGGUGGAAGGGGCGCAGCGCCUGGCGCUGGCCGAGGUGCUGGCCGACAUGCCCGACCCAACGCAGGACGCACCGGCCCCAUGGAGCAGCGCCAGGAGGUGA